GUCCGGGAAGAGGAACUCUCUUGACAGCUGGCGUGUCGGCUUUUAGACACAGGGCGGAGCUUCAAUACCGAACUUGUUACCGUUGUCUGCAGUGAUAUCAUAACACUGCAAUAUGAAGACUGGCUCAUGUGAUUGCCGCUCAUCUCCAUCCCUGUGCAAGACACGGGUGUUAUAAUAAGGGCAAAAGGUGAGCAUGGGGAAUAAAAGGACAGCUGAAGGAAGGAUGCCAGCUGAGGCCCUCAUCCCUUUAUAUCUGCCACCACUGUCAGCCUCUGACUAAAGAUUGAUAGAAAAUGGCUCAGUCUAUGAGGAGGCCGGAAACUUUAGGAGCCAUGGACCAUGAGCCCCAGCGGGACAAGACCAGGAGCAGCUACUUUGGCAACGUCAAGAGCAGGCUGGGCUCAAAGCUUCCUCCUGGCAUCUCUCAGCCUCCGCAGUUUGCUAAGCGGCCCUGGGAGACUCAACCUCAAGCACGAAUAAUGCAGAAGCCCCCAGUAAUCAGCCACUAUCAGCAGCAACCCACUGUGGGCCGGCCUCUCAACCAUGUCCCACACAUCAGAAACCCCAAACUGCGGCAGUACUACCUGCAAGGGACUUCAUGGGAUCUGAACAAUACUGCAGUGAAGCAAGGGCAUCUGAGUGCACCAUCAGAUGGCAGCACAAGCAGCAGGGGUCUCCCUGGGGACACUGUGUUCAGCAUCUCAUCUCAGUUCAACAGUCAUGGUACAUCCUCAGUAGAAGACAGCAAAAUGGCCCACUGUCCCUCCCAUACCUCCUCAAAUGUAUCCUCUUCACCUGCUGUCCUCAUCCCUAGAGAGCAGCCGGUCAUUCCAGAGGAGAAAAGCACUUCCACCAGUCAUGGAUCGUCUCAGUCAGAGCUGAUCCCAGAAUCUGAUCCUAAAGAGAAGCCGGAGAUGGAGGCUGAUCAAGACUCUUUGGAUACUCUCCCUGGUCCAGCUUACUCCCCCUCACCAGAAGCAGAAUAUGACAAACUACUGGAUGUGGAGGCGGUACCAUUGCCUGAUGGGCAGCUCUGCUUAUUGACUCUCCCACCAGAGUGCUGUGAGGGGGAGGGACCAGAGGCCGUGUCGUACCUCAAACUGUUCUGCCGCUAUAUCACCGACCGCAAGGGUGUGGUUUCCGGUAUCCUGUUGGUGACUUCUAAUAAGAUCUUCUUUGACCCGUGUAAGACACAAGCUCUGGUGAAGGAACAUGGCUGUGAGGAGUACCUUCUGUCAUGUUCUAUUGACAACCUAGCAUCUGUCUCCUUCUUCUCUGACAUCUCACAUGUUCACUUUAACACCUCCAAACAGAGGAGAAAAGGAAAGAAUUUUUUCCAGAAGCUCACUAAAAGCCGAGCAAUUGGCUCCCCAGCCCGCAAGUCGCGUCCAGCUCUGGUGCCUGCGGUUUCAUCAGAUUUGUCCAGUCUGGGUCUGAAUAAAGAUGUUUCAGAAGAGGAGGAGGCAGAGAGCAGAAACACUGCAGAGGCAGAGUGGGAGCUCGAUAACAGGCCUCUGGAGGUGCUGUCGGAGACGUCUGUAGGUGGUCUGGGAGUGGCUGUUCUGAGCAGUGCUGCCACCUUCUGCUGUGGAGGCCAAGAGGUGGCAAGUAAAGUGAAGACAGAGCUGCUGCACACUGAUGAAGCUGAGAAAUCGCAUGUGAAGAGUCAGACUGCAGUGCCUCAAAGGUCUUCAGCAGAUCUUCCAGGGAGUCUGAUGUUUGUACGGCUGCGGGUUCAGCCGUCUGCAGGAAAGAAAAAAAGUGUAAGAGGUCUUCACCUGGGGUCGGCCAAAACUUCACCUCAAAGGGAUGCCUGGCUUGCCCUUUCACAAGAAAGCUCCGACAAGCUGUAUGCUUACUUAACACGCUGUCAGCCAGACCUGUGUAUACUGGAGGGAAGAGGGGAGGAGGGCGAGGCGGAUCGCGAUGAAGAGGAGUUUGUGCUUAUUGAGGAUGAGGAGGAGGACGAGGGUGAUGAAGAAGAGGUGUUCCAGAGGCACCGCAGCUCGGGAGAUGACUGGGAGAUGGUGUUAAUGGAAGAGAGCGAGGAGAAGCCAACCCUGGUCAUCGACAGGGAUCCUGAAGGACUCGGCAGUAUUAUCGAGAACAGCCACGUUUUGGAAACAUCACAUGUUAGAGAGUUAUGUAAGGAGCUUCCCCCCAGGACAGUCGCCCGCCCCUGGCAGCUGGCGUACAGUACGUCACGCCAUGGUUCCAGUCUUAAGUCCCUCUACAGAAAACUCAGUGGUACUGACUCUCCUGUGCUUAUUGUCAUUAAGGAUGCACUUGAUGAGAUAUUUGGGGCCUUCCUCUCUCACCACCUGAGGCCCAGUGAGACGUUUUACGGCACAGGAGAAACAUUCCUGUUCAUGUUGCACCCUCGCUUCAAGUGCUUCAGAUGGACUGGAGAAAACUCCUUUUUCAUUAAAGGAGACUUGGAUUCCUUUGCAAUCGGUGGAGGCAGCGGCCACUUUGGUCUGUGGGUCGAUGAGAAUCUGUACAUGGGUCGCAGCAGCCCCUGCUACACUUUCAAUAACUGUUGCCUGUCAGAAACCGACGACUUCCGCAUCAUGGAGCUGGAGGUGUGGACAUUCAGCUGAGGAGACUGGCCAUCUCCUUGACUCACCUUGUUGCCACUGAUCAACUUUAUCAAUACAGCUUUUAUCACUGAGCAAAAACAAAUACAGCUACUUGGUCAUUUCAUGGUAAUGUCCAUGUAAAAAAAAAAAAUCAAACAAAAGCUGCUGAUGUAUCUGUGUGAUUAAGUGCUGUGGAUCUUAGUGAACUGAAAUGCACUGGAAAAGGCCGAUCUUUGAACAGCUUUCUGUUCCAGAAUGGGGUUUAACGGUAGCCUGACUCAUUCCUCUGGGUCUGGCAACCAAAUCGAGUUCUACUACAUAAUAGUGAGCGGAGCUGAGCUGCUGUGAAACUGGAUUCUCUGAAUCCUCAUUUUGGAUGGAGCUGAAUACAAGUCUCCAAGAUUGCACUUUGCUCUUAAUGUGAAUCAGUAACUUCAUGAUAACUGUUCAUUUAUCAUGUGAAAAUGGUGGUACGCCUGUCUUCAUAGGUAAUACAUACCCUGUAGAACUGUUCAGUUAACGCUAAAUGUUCGAUACCCACAUUAAUCUAUUUCCUAACCUGCACGUGUACAGCCAACAGUCCCGCAAAUAAGCUUCCUUUUGUCAGUCACCAUUCAUUUCUGUGGUUUUUCAUGAUUUAGCAUCAGACAGCAUAAAUUAAUAUUGCAGUGAAACAUGUAAGAAUACUUGGAGCGCCACUCUGAGAAAAACUUCAAUAGAAAAACAUCUGUACUUGCGAUGACUCGCACACCUUGUUCAUGACUAUUCUGAAGUCGUUUCAUUUAAAAUGCUGACUCAUACGGCACUGUGGUCUCUCAACAUGAAACAAAAGACUCAAUUGUUACUGCAAAUAAUGCAAUUUGGUCAUCUGUAACAUGCUUUCACUCCAUUACUCCCAUCUACUGUGCUCUCUUUGUACAGUAUUAGAGAUUAGCUAAUAAAAAUAAGCACAAUGUGGAAUACUACAAAUAAGCUGAUGUAUGAUUCAUUCACUUUGCAGUGUGUGCUGGAUGCUGCCAGAAAGAACAAAUUCAUUUUGUUUAAAAAAACACUUUUAUUUCACCUUGUGAAAAAUGGCACUGGUAGGUUACAGAAUAACAGUGUUUUUUCCCCCUCAAGGCUCCAAACAGUCAGAUAUUUCACAUGGCCGGGACCUGGUAUGACUUUUACAGAGCCAUAUUCCAAAUUAAUGUUAUUCUCAUUCAUCAGAAUUCAGUGUUACUACUUCCAAUGUCUUUUCUUGAAUACUAGGGUUUUCUGUUUCUCAGUACAAACUGAAAUAAGGACUUGAAGAGGAAACAUUUUGUAUGAUUUGAAAAGGAAAAAAUAAGAUACACAGAGAAACUGCUAGAUAUUUUUUAAAAUGGCAAAAAUGAAGGAUUUUCUGUUGUCUAGCUACAGACACAAGCAAAUACAUUUUGACUGGAGCAAGAAUACAGUACACAGUAUAUCAUGUGCCUUUCAGUUCAACAAUCAAACAGUCAGAUAUGCCCAUUUGGUUCCACUGAGUUACAUAAAUAUGCAUCUAGUGGGGGUGUGACUUAUGGAUUUUCUUUGUGCUCCACCGCUGCUCUGUCUGCACGUCAGCUGCUUUACGUAUCAAAAUCAGUGUUCUUUGGUGUGGUCACAUUAUUUAAACAGACAAUUUGCAACAUUUGAUUUCAAACUCAAAGUUUGAGAAAACAGCUGAAUAAAUAAUAGUAUGUGCCACAGUUCAGUUUUGCUUUUCCUGCAAUGUUUGUCCCCUGAGGCAGAGAUGGGUGUUCCCUCCAGCUGCCUCGGCAAGAACAUCAGGCGUUACCCAGCUCAGACAGAGCUUUCAGGCAACGUCUUCACAAGCUGCCGAAUUACAGCUGGAGGCAACAGCUGCACUGGGGCUCUCUCUGGGUACACUCAGCAACAGGAAAACUGCACAAACAACACCAGGAUACAAAUGAGGACAUAUUUCAUCUUCGGCUGGGUUGUGAUGCGCAUAUAUGAAUUUUCUGUAGGGUGAAACGACACUUGCGCUUAAGAAUGACUCGGCAGGCCUCUGUCUACAUUUUGUAUCAACAUUAUUCAGCAGCUACAAGCAGAGAGAGGAGGUCUGAAUGUAUUUGCAACUGUUCAGUGCAAGUUCUUCAUUAAAAUAUACUACUGUAUUAUAGCAGUAACAGUACAGUAUGUGUACUGUUUGUCACAAUACAAAUACUGUAUAAAAAAAAAAAAAACUGUUC